AUGUUCAGCCAACUUGUCACGGCUGUGGCGUUCGUCGCCGCGCUCGCUACCCCAGCCACUGCUCAACCGGGACCAUGGGGCACCGGCACCACCGCAUGGUCUGGCGCGCCGUCCGACUGGACGACGAGGUCGGAUUGGUCCUCGUGGACCAGCGCCAACUCUAACUGGGCGUCUGAUUGGUCGUCGUGGACCAGCGCCUGGCCGACCAACUCCAACGGCGACUGGGAUCCGUCCGUCUGGAGCACCAAGUCCAAGCCGUGGACGACGUGGACGUCGGGCGGGCCGUGGAGCACCGGCGGGCCCGGCUGGGGAGGACCCGGCGGCUGGGGCCCCGGCAGCGGAGCGGGCGGCUGGGGCGGCCGCGGCGGGCCCUUCGGCGGCGACCACCCGUGGGGUGGAUGGAAGUCGGACGGCGACUGGACGUCGGGCGCCUGGACGAACUGGUGGGGCGGCUCUGCCUGCCCGGCCAGCACCUGGUCCGGCUGGACCAACGGGCCCUGGAGCACCAACGCGCCCUGGACGACCUGGUCCGGCUGCACCGUCUCUACCACUGCGAGCUCGACCUACACGACUACCCCCGCGACUGGCACUCCCUCCGUGGCUACCUCUUACGGCAUCAAAGUCGCCGAGGCUACUGCUGCAGCCCAGUCUUCUGGCUCCGCUGCAGGCGCCAGCAGUACCGGCUCUAGCUCGUCCGGCAGCAGCUCGGGCUCGAGCAGUGCGGGCACUACCACGACAGUCGCCUUCGGCACGCUGGUGGCUACCGUCUUCGCUGCCAUGCUGAUGCUGUAA